CUGCUUAACUCGUUCAUGAGGUGCUUUUUAAAUUUUGUAUUGCAGGCUCCAGAUGGACACGUUUUCCUUGAAGCCUUCUCCCCAGUUUAUAAAUAUGCACAGGACUUCCUGGUAGCCAUUGCUGAGCCAGUGUGCAGACCCACACACACGCACGAGUAUAAACUGACAGCAUACUCCCUGUAUGCGGCUGUCAGUGUUGGGUUACAAACUAGCGACAUUAUCGAGUAUCUGCAGAAACUGAGCAAGACGUCGAUUCCUGAAGGAAUCAUACAGUUCAUUAAGCUAUGCACUGUUAGUUAUGGCAAGGUGAAACUGGUUUUGAAACACAACAGAUACUUUGUGGAAAGCACACAUCCCGAUGUGAUCCAGAAGCUGUUGCAGGAUCAUGUCAUAAAGCAAUGUCGCUUGAGGACAGCAGAAGGUGACGACACUGAACUCAUUAUGGGCACAGUCUCCAGUAAAUCUGCCAUGUUGGUAAGUGGAUGUUCUUCACUGGUGUGAUGCUGCAGUACUGGG